AUGACGCCGCUUUUGCCGUUCGCGACUCGCCCGUCCUGCUUCUCGUGCUCCUCAUCCCCGUCGACCUCGUCGGAAUUCGUUCUCCCCGAGGAGGCGGCUCUGUCGUCAAACCUCUCCUCCAGCUCCUCCUCCGGCGAGGAUGAGGGUUUCGUCGCCAAAAUGAAAAGCUUGGACGUUUACGAGCAGGAGCAGGCCGUGAUUUUAUUGAGAAAAACUACGAGAGCCAGCGACGAAUCAAGAAUCGCACUUUGCUCGGAAAAACUCCUGCUUUGCCUGAAAAAACUGCUCGAAUCCCGGUACGCCGCCGUACAGAUUAACUCCACGGCGGCGCUGGUGAAUCUGUCGUUGGAAAAGGUCAAUAAGGUCAAAAUCGUCCGGUCUGGAAUUGUUCCUCUGCUGAUCGACAUUCUGAAAAACGGGUUCGAGGAGUCUCGGGAGCAUGCUGCCGGGGCCAUCUUCAGCCUGUCACUGGCGGACGAGAACAAAACGGCAAUUGGGGUCCUCGGUGCUCUGCCUCCGCUCCUCCACGAGCUCAGGUCGGGAACUCGCCGUAGCCGCCACGACUCCGCCCUGGCGCUCUACCACCUGACCCUUGUCGGCAGCAACCGGGCCAAGUUGGUGAGGCUCGGGGCCGCCGGAGCACUCUUGGGGCUGCUGAGGGAUGCUGACGUGGCGGCUCGGGUGGUUCUUGUGGUGUGCAACCUGGCGGUUUCCGGGGAGGGCCGGGCGGCGAUCCUGGACGCCGGUGGGGUGGGGUGCCUGGUCACGGCUGUUGCCGAGUCGGGCUCCGAGUCAACUCGCGAGAACUGUGUGGCGGCCCUGCACUCACUGAGUCAGGGUAGCUUGAGGUUUAAGGGGCUGGCGAGGGAGGUUGGGGCGGCGGAGGUUCUCCGAGAGGUGGCGGAGGGCGGCAGUGAGCGGGCGAGGGAGAAAGCUAAGAGGAUAUUGGAGGCGAUGAGGUGGCCGGAGGAGGUGGCGGAGGAGGAGGUGGAUUGGGAGGCGGUGAUGAGGGACGGGGUGAGUCGGGCGGGGAGUCGACCGAGUCAAUGGACUACUAACUCGACCUGA